UACAACUGGCGUUCCUCGGCGUUAUCGGUGGCCACGUGCGUCGCCUAAAUGCUCAGGACGAAAGGCAUCUGCCCAGCGCAGUGCGCGCGUCGCACGUUCCUUGUUCAUUCAAUUAACCCGCCGUGACGGGUGGCUAUAGCACGCCGGGCUGGGGACUCGACCACCUGUCGCAGAAGAACGAUCGGGCAAUGUGCCUUGCACAUCGCCCUGAUAGCAGAGCCGCUCACUAGUAUAUCAAGCAUGCGACCACGCGGAACGCGCUUACCGUCAAGGAUCGGUGCCUUCCCAAGUCGAUUUAUAAGAUCCUCGAAUAGCGGGCAACACGCCCGGCUUUGCAACUCCUGCUCACUGGUCCCGCAGCCGACAUGCAGCGCGCGUUCGUGAUCUUGACGUCCCUGAUGACGGCGGCGAUGGUGCUAGCGUGCCCUGGCGAGGAGCACGACCAUGUGCACGAGCACGGGAAGCGGCUGUAUCCCCAGGUGCCGCUGACGCCUCCCAGCCGACCGCUCGAAUGGUCGGAUGUCAACGUCAUUCACACGACGGACAGCCACGGAUGGCUGCUUGGCCAUCAGCACCUGUCGUUUCCCGAGCCGAACUACAGCGGCGACUUUGGAGACUUCGCGUCGUUCGUGACGCACAUGAAGCAGAUUGCGCUGGAGAAAGACGUCGACCUUCUCCUGAUUGACACGGGUGAUCUGCAUGAUGGCACCGGCCUCUCGGAUGGCUUCCCGCCUGGUCAGGUCGACGGACACGAGACGAACAAUUUCAUCCUGGAGCUGCCCUACGACGCGCUCGCCAUCGGCAACCACGAGCUGUAUGACUAUGCGAACGCGUACGACAUGUACAUGCACUUUGCUCCCCACUGGAACGGGCGGUACCUCGCGUCGAACGUGAAUAUCACCAUUUACGAUGGCGAUGGGAACAACACAAUCAGUGUCCCACUGGGGAACCGCUACACUAAAUUCAAGACGCGAAAAGGCCGCUCGGUGACGUCGCUCGGCGUGCUGUACGAUUUCACUGGCAACAGUGAGAACACCACUGUGCAGAAGGUGGAGGACAUGGUUAAGGAGGAAUGGUUUGCCGAGGCGAUCGCCCAGGAACCCGACUUUUUCAUGUUACUUGGGCAUAUGCCCGUCCGUUACGACAACUGGCCGACCGUGUACAACGCCGUACGCGCAGUGCAUCCAACGACACCCAUCCUGAUAUUUGGUGGGCACACGCAUAUCCGGGACUGCAUCCAGCUUGACGGCCGCUCUAUGGCGCUGGAGAGCGGGCGGUACAUGGAGACCGUUGGUUGGAUGAGCGCGAAGCUCGACGUGCCCAAAACAGAGAAUAUUACGUUCACCCGUCGGUACCUAGAUGCGAACCGAGUCACGUAUGAGUACCACACCCGUCGGAGCAACACGACGUAUGAUACCGCUGCGGGCAAGAGCAUUACAGCAGGUCUUGAGCAGCUGUGGGUGAAUUAUGACCUGAGCACUCUCUAUGGCACGGCACCGCAUGAUUACACGCUCUCUCGCGACCCGUACCCCUCUAACGGCUCCGUGCUCACGCUCUAUGUCUCUGAGGUGAUGCCGUACGCGCUCACGAUCAACAACACGCGCAUCUCGAUCCCGAAUAUCAUGAUCGUCAACUCGGGGGAGCUGCGCUUCGACAUCCUCGCGGGCACGUUCGACAAGAACGACCAACUGACGUCUGCGCCGUUCACGGACGCGUUCCUGUACAUCCCGAACGUCACCUUUAGCGUCGCGAACGCCGUGCUUCCCGCGCUGAAUGACUACGGGUCGGACGACAAGCGCAAGCGCGAGCUCCAUAUAGAGCGCGAGUUGGAGCGCUAUGCGAAGGGAGACGUCUCUGGGAGGUUUAAUGCGUGGCUGGAGGAGAUGAGCAGGAGGCGUGUGGAGAGGCGCGAGGCGGCGGAGAAUUUGACGCUGGGAUAUGUCACGUCUGAUCUGUGUCCUGGUGUGGGCGACGACACGCCGCACACACCCGUGCCGUACUACUCUUCUCCGGAUUACAUCGCGUCCGAUGCACCGGACGUGACGAACGACACGCUGACCGAUCUGGUGUUCGUGGACUUUAUUGAGAGCGACGUGUUGGAGAUCAUCAAUGGGCUGCAGAGCGAGCAGACGUACACAGAGGAGGACGUGUUUACGUAUUCGCCGCUGCUCGCGGACGCGGUGCUGGGGCUGUAUGCGGAGAAGUAUUGGAGCUGAACGUUGAACGAUGGAGGGCAUGCGGUAGGCCUAGUAGGAAGCGUCUUCUUGUGUGUGCGAAGGGUUGUUUCAAGCAUUCAUGCAAAGGGUCUGUUUGCAUGUUGGACGCGUGCAUUGAUUGUCGGACAGUGUACCGUGAUAAAUGCUCUUCAUCCCGCAG